GACUCCUACAUCAACACAAGCAUCACUAACAGCUUCGUCUUCCAGCCGCGAAAGAAACCGAAGUCUUGUCGCCUGCGAACCUGACUGCGAAUCGGCCUUGGUGUCAAGUCUGCGAAAGGAAACAACCAGAAGAAUGCUGACCUCAGCCACUAUCUUGUGGUGCACGGUAUUUUAUGCAACAUUCAGCCUUGCGGCGUCGCAGCGCUGCAACUACAAGAAUCCCACCCACACCAUGUGUCUCUACAAGGCUCGGGCAUGUCCUGGAAAGCAACUCAUCCGAUCCGGCGGCGUGACGAAGGCUUACCAGGAGUACAUCGUCGACCUUCACAACCAGUUGAGAGGCUGGGUGGCCGGAGGGUACCAGAAGGGAUAUCCGGCAGCAGUCAACAUGAGGGCACUAACAUGGGACAAUGAAUUGGCUUCUAUCGCGCAGAGGUGGGCAGACCAGUGUACAAGUGGUCACGACAAGAACAGGGACGUGCGACAAUACCCGGUGGGCCAGAACGUAGCUGCGACGUGGUCGUUCGACGAGGAGGACAAUCUGCUGGACGAGCCUGAUUGGGGUAGCCAAAUAUACGCCUGGUACGAGGAGUGCACAAAUGGAGGCUUCAAGGCCAGCUACAUCAAUCCCUUCCGGUUCAGCAAGUCUUGGGGUCACUUUUCUCAGAUCGCGUGGGCAGAAACAACCAAGAUUGGAUGCGGCUACUCCUACUUCAGGCAGGACGGCCGCGGUCUCACCAAGCUGUACGUCUGCAACUAUGGGCCAGGAGGCAACGUGAUCGGUGGAUCCAUGUACGAGAAGGUUAAGAGAGCUGUAUGCAAGGAUGGAUUUCGCCAAUCCCUCAACACAUAUCUUGGACUCUGUGACAAGGACCCGGACUACGUCGAGCGGACAACUCGCUAAGCGUCAGCCCCAACCAGCAAAGGCCUACUGAGGGCUGCGGUGCAAUGAAACUUUUCAUCGAAAAAGAAAAACCUGCUUGGUCCGAUACUUUUGAGUUCCAUAACCAUAAUCACCACAAGGGCCCCAUGAAUCACGAAAAAAAGGAACGAAAGAGCAAGUACUGUGACGUGCAUCAUUAUUAUGCAAGUAAGAUGUCGGUUAUCUACAGAAGUGCUGUACAAAAUGUUUUGUUGUAAGUAGAGAAUAAAGUGUCUAUCAUUUCAGUA